AUGACAUCUCUUAAGAUGGAUCGUCGCUUCACCUGCAACUACUUUCCCUGCACCCUAACAGGAAAUGCAGGAAAAUGGUUCAAGUCUCUUAGACUAGGUAGUAUUUUGAAUUUUGAGCAACUGAAGUACUUUUUCCUUAACAACUUCAUGCAGUUGAGGAAAGGAAAAGGGGAUGCCAAUUCUAUGAUGAUGUUUAAGCAAAGAGAAGGAGAGUCGACUCGUUCCUACUACAAUCGAUUAACGUUAGCUACCUUGAACGUCCCAGGACAUGAAGAGUUCCUAGUGACGGGCGCCUUCGCUCAGGGUCUGCUUCUGGGGCCCCUAUCUAAGAAUAUGCAAGGGAUAGUCCCCAGAUCCAGGGAAAAGCUCAAGUUCCGAGUGGAAAAAUACCUGAUAAAAAUUGAAGGAGAAGAGCAAAAGGAGGCCCAUAUCUAA